UAGUCCUCACACAACAGUCGUGCGUAGAACAAGUACGAUAUGAGUAUGCUAUAUUUUAUGAGAUAGAAGCCGGUUGUUAGUUCCAUUUUCGUUGUACUUGCAAUAGAAGCGAGUGAAAUCUUAUAAGCAUAAAUAUAUUUAGUUAAUCUGUCCUUGUGUAUUCUGAUGAAAAAAAGCAAUUAAUAUGCUGUGUUUAAGAGCCCUAGCAUUUGUAUGCACCUUCUUGGUGGUGGGAACUGAUCUUCUCGACUUCUAUGUUCAUUACAUGAACGAAACCAUGAGAACACAAGUCUACAGUCGACAUCGAGCGCUAAAAUUGCAAUUUUGGUCUCGCUAUCGCAGGAGCAUCCUCGAGAGCUCAAUUUUCCGGGUAACCAAUCCGGUCAAGCAAAUGCUGGACAUCAAUGAUAAAGUGAGAGAUAAGAAGAAAUUAUAUCUAAAGAAAAACUCUCUGGAUUCUCCAAAUUUACAUACAGCAAAUUCCGAUAUUGAUAACUACAUUUCAUUAAAAGCUAAAAAACAAAAUGAGUUUCAUUAUUCAAUGUCAUCAAAAACAGAAAUUGAACAAAUAAAAGAUGACUCUGCUUUAAACUCCAUUGUUUUAAAAAAUAUAUUCAAGCGGGAACCAAAAAAAUUUAAGUUAAAACAUGAGAAAGAUUCGUUUAUUAUCAAUAAAAGAUCAAAAAGAAAUGAACCUAAAAUGGCAAAAUUCACUAGAUAUGAAAGACUGGAUGAAGAAGGUGAUGUAGUAUUGGAAUGGGAUCCUAGUAAUGAUGAGAAUGUUACCUUCAGAUUAACAGGUAAAACUCUCGGCUAUAUUGGUUUGGGAUUCAAUGAUAAAGGUUAUAUGAUGGGCGCGGACAUCAUUCUUGCGUGGGUCGAUGACCAUACGCAUGUAACCACUCUUUUGGAUUCACAUGGAAUAAAGAGCAUGAAUGCGGCCCCCGAAACAGACGCCUCACAGGACGUCCAUUUAAUUAAUGGUUUUCAAAAUAACACUCAUACAAUUGUUACUUUUACGAGAAGAUGGUAUGCUUGUGAUACACAGGAUCGUAGUCUUACGGGUGAUACAAUUCGGGUGCUUUGGGCUUUGCAUCAAACCGACCCUGAACUUAAUACUGCAAGAUUCCAUGGCAACAAACGAGGAGUUCGUGCUCUAAGGCUAAGAGCACCAGCGCCUCAUCCUCCCCCAACAAUUGAUGAUAAUAACUUAAUUAAGUGGGAUGUUAAGCUUAAUCAAUUUACUAUAUCAAAUACUUCAGAUACUAUUUACUGGUGUAAAAUUUUUAAAGCUCCAAAGUUACAGCAGAAACAUCAUAUGAUCGGAUAUACUCCGCUUGUGGAAAAGUUCAACGAAGCUCUAGUGCAUCAUGUGAUUUUGUAUGAAUGUGCCUCAACACAACCUAUCCUUUCUGAACACGCGCGUCUUGCAGGGGCAUAUUGCUACAGUCCAACAAUGCCCAAGGAAUGGGAUAGCUGUAUGCAACCAGUCUUAGCAUGGACUCAUGGAAGUCAAGGCGAAUGGUACCCUGAACAUGUAGGUUUUCCUAUAGCCGAGCACGUGAAAGGUUCCUACUAUAUGCUUGAAGUGCAUUACAACAACAAGAUAAGCAAACAAACCAUAGAUAGUAGUGGAGUCAGAUUAUAUUUGACUUCGAAUCUUAGAAAAAUGGAAGCAGGAAUCUUGGUUGCUGGAAUAGCGGUAAGUCCACUACACAUGGUGCCACCUCAACAAAAAGAAUAUGCAACUGCUGGAUAUUGUACACCUCAGUGCACAAAUAAGAUGUUCGAUACAGAUGGUAUCAACAUAGUAUCUGUCGUACUCCAUUCUCAUCUUGCUGGCCGACGUCUCAGUCUAAAGCAUAUACGACAUAAUAAGGAAUUACCACCCAUCAUUCAAGACAAACACUUUAACUUCGACUAUCAGCAAUCAUUCACGCUUGAGCAAGAGGCAAAAAUUAUGCCGGGUGAUGAACUCGUUGUCGAAUGCGUUUAUAAUACACUAGAUAGAAACCGUCCAACGUUUGGUGGCUAUGCUGCCUACCAAGAAAUGUGUUUAGCUUUUAUUGUACACUAUCCAAGAACACUUUUAGCUGCUUGCUACAGUAUGACACCAGUAAAAGAAUUUUUCAAUGCAUUAAACAUUCAGAGUUUUAAAGAUAUCUCUAUGGAACAAGUUGAAAAACUAUUCUUAUCAACUACAACAGAAACUGCUGCAUUACCUAUAUCUCCAAAUCAGUAUUCGCCAAUUUAUCAUAACAUUCGUACACCUGAACAUGUGAAUGUUGAUAUCAUUAAACAAGCCAAAUCUACUCUUAUAUCAAAAGGAGAUUAUAUUGAUUACGACGAUAUUUUUACAACGCUUAUUAUAGAUAAACCAGAUGAAUUUAAAGGCCAUACAUUAUCAGAUCAUAUGUCUGCUCUUGCUUGGAAUGACAUAGCUCUCUCAAAAUCUAUAGAAAAGAACCUGUAUCAUGGAAAAUAUGUUACGUUCUGCAGAACAAAAGAAAAUAAACUUCCACAGGUAGAUGAUUAUGAUAAUGAUAUUAAGACGAAUUGA